ACCAGUCUGCUGAGUGAAGGCGACGAGCUUGCAGUGGACCCCCACGACUAUGAGGACAUCCCCAACGGCAUAUGGGAUGAUGUUGGUCUGAGAUCCCCAAGCCUCAGCAACACCCCAGCCCCAGAGCUCCCUCCGAAUCCUAUGGAGGGGCCGCCCUGGACCUCAGCUCCCUCCACACCUGUCAUCAAGGCUGGCUGGCUGGACAAGAACCCACCUCCAGGAUCCUACAUAUAUCAGAAGCGAUGGGUCAGGCUGGAUUCUGAUUACCUACGGUACUUUGAUAGUGACAAGGAUGCUUAUUCCAAGCGUUUCAUCCCCGUCUCCUCCAUCUCUCGAGUUUCUGGCAUCAGUGACCAGAAGUUUGAAGUCAUCACACACAACCGGACCUUUGUCUUCCGUACUGAGAGUGAUGCGGAGCGGAAGGAAUGGAUGCAGGCCCUUCAGCAGGCAGUGGAGGAGCAGCGGGUCCGGGCCCGACUCUCAAGGGCCAACCUUCUGGAGCCUCACUGCCCUGGGAUCCCCGACCGAGCCGGCAGUCUGGAGCUUCGGGGCGUGAAGAACAAGCUCUAUGUGGUGGUGGCUGGCGAUAAGGUGCUGCUGUAUAAGAACUUAGAGGAAUACCAGUUGGGUAUAGGCAUCACUUCCAUUGAUAUGAAUGUGGGCAAUGUGAAAGACUCAGAUCGGAGAAGCUUUGAUCUCACUACUCCUUAUAGGAUCUUCAGUUUCUCAGCCGAGUCAGAGUCAGAGAAGGAAGAGUGGCUGGAGGCCAUGCAGGGUGCCAUUGCAGAGGCCCUGUCCACCAUGGAUGUGGCCGAGCAGAUCUGGGCUGAUGCUCCUAACCGACUCUGCGCUGACUGUGGGGCCACCCAUCCGGACUGGGCCUCCAUCAACCUCUGCCUUGUGAUUUGCAAGAGAUGCGCAGGGGAGCAUCGAUGGCUGGGACCGUCUGUCUCCAAAGUCCGGAGCUUGAAGAUGGACCGGAAGGUGUGGACAGAGGAUCUCAUUGAGCUCUUCCAUCAUCUGGGGAAUGAAGCUGGGAAGCGGUUCUGGGCAGCCAAUGUUCCUCCUAGUGAAGCGCUGCACCCCAACAGCAGCGCUGGGGACCGGCGGUACCACCUGGAAGCCAAGUACCGGGAGGGCAAGUACCGCCGUUAUCACCGUUUCUUCGGCAAGCAAGAAGAGCUUGAUAAGGCCCUUUGUGUGGCUGUCACCACUACUGACCUCGAAGAGACGCAGGCUCUGCUGGGCUGCGGGGCAGCCAUCAACUGCUUCUCAGGGGACCCCGCAGCCCCCACACCCUUGGCCGUGGCCAGGCAGGCUGGCCAGAGGCUGCAGAUGGAGUUUCUCAGGAACAACCAGACUACGGAGAUGCCUCGGCUGGACUCAGUCAGCAUUGUGGAGAAGCAUUACUCCGUCGUUCAGCCCACUGUGAGCCAUAGUGGCUUCCUCUUCAAGACAGCCUCUGUGGCCAAGCCCCUGCAGGAGCGCCGUUCCCGAGAAGAGUUCAGCCGACGCUGGUGUGUUCUCAGCGAUGGUGUCCUGAGUUACUAUGAGAAUGAGAGGGCUGUCGUGCCCAAUGGGGAGAUCCGAGCCAGUGAGAUCGUGUGCUUGGCUAUUCCACCACCUGACACCCAUGGCUUUGACAGUACCUUUGAAAUAUACACGGAGACUGAGAGGAUGUACUUGUUUGGAUUGGAGAGCCCAGAUCUGGCCCGAGAGUGGGUCAAAUGUAUCGCUAAGGCUUUCGUGCCCAUCCAUGCGGAGGAGCUGCUAUGCAGGGACUUUGAGCGUUUGGGCCGCCUCUCCUAUAAGGCUGGCCUUAGCCUGCAGCGGACCCAGGAGGGUUGGUUUGCAUUGUCUGGCUCCGAGCUCCGAGCAGUAUUUGAGGAGAGCCCCAGCGAGGAGACCCUACAGCUCCGAAAGCUGCAAGAGCUAUCAAUCGAGGGGGACAAGGAAGUCCUCGUCCUGGUGGAGAGGGGAAGGACCCUGUAUAUUCAGGGGGAAAGGAAGCUGGACUUCGCAGGAUGGCUGGGGGCUAUCCAGAAGGCAGCAGCAAGUUCUGGGGACACUCUGUCUGAGCAGCAACUGGGGGACUCUGACAUCCCUGUCAUCGUCUACCGAUGUAUAGACUACAUCACUCAGUGUGGAUUGACCUCAGAGGGCAUCUAUCGUAAGUGUGGGCAGACGUCAAAGACACAGCGGGUGCUGGAGAAUCUGCGUCGAGAUGCUCGCUCUGUGCGGCUCAAGGAGGGGGAGCAACAUGUGGAUGAUGUCUCCUCUGCCCUCAAGCGCUUCCUGAGGGACCUGCCUGAUGGGCUCUUCACCCGGACUCAGCGCUGUGCUUGGCUUGAAACAGCAGCAAUUGAGAAUGAGGAAGAGAAGAUUUCUAGGUACCAGGAACUCUUGGGACUCUUGCCCCCUGUCAACCGGGCUACAGUGAAGGCCCUCAUCAGCCACCUGUACUGUGUACAGUGCUUCUCGGAAACCAAUCAGAUGAAUACCCAUAACUUGGCAAUUGUAUUUGGGCCUACGCUUUUCCAGACAGAUGGUCAGGACUACAAGGCUGGCCGAGUAGUGGAGGACCUCAUCGAUCACUAUGUCCGAGUGUUCAGUGUGGAUGAGGAGGAACUGAGAAAGCAGCGGGAGGAGAUUACGGCCAUCGUCAAGAUGAGGGUGGCGGGCUCAGCCAGUGGAACACAGCAUGCUGGAGAUUUCAUCUGCACCGUUUACCUGGAGAAGAAAGCAACGGAGACAGAACAGCAUGUUAAGAUCCCAGCAUCCAUGACAGCCCAGGAGCUCACCAUGGAGAUCCUAGAUCGUAGGAAUGUGAGGAUAAAGGAGAAGGACUAUUGGACCUGUUUUGAAGUCAAUGAGAGGGAAGAGGCAGAGAGGCCCCUGCACUACACUGAGAAGGUUCUCCCUAUCUUGCACAGCCUGGGCACUGAUAGCCAUCUGGUGGUAAAGAAGUACCUCUCCAUGGAGGCCAUGCUUAUGUAUCUAGCCAGCAAGGUGGGGGACACCAAGCAUGGCAUGAUGAAGUUCCGUGAGGAUCGAAGCCUCUUGGGCCUGGGCCUCCCCACAGGCAGCUUCCAUGACCGUUACUUCAUGCUCAAUGGCAGCUGUCUAAGGCUCUUCAAGGAAGUCAGAACCCAGAGAAGCUGGGCCUUUUCCCCUCACACAAGUCACAAGCCAGAAAAGGAAUGGCCUGUGAAGAGCCUCAGAAUCUACCUGGGGGUGAAGAAGAAGUUACGACCGCCCACUUGCUGGGGUCUCACUGUGGUGCAUGAGACAGAGAAGCAUGAGAAGCAGCAGUGGUACCUUUGCUGUGAUACCCAGAUGGAGCUCAGAGAGUGGUUUGCUACCUUCUUCCUUGUGCAGCAUGGUGGGACUGUCUGGCCUUCCGAGCCGUCAAGGGUGGUUCGACCUGUACCUGAGUCGAGGCUGGGUAGUGUGUCGCUCAUCCCCCUGAGGGGCAGCGAGAAUGAGAUGAGGAGGAGUGUGGCUGCCUUCACUUCUGAUCUCCUGUCUGCGCAAAGUCCACCAUGACCAGGUGCUUCCCCUUAGCACCCCUGAGAUGAGAGGGGUCCAGAUCUUCUCAGUCUCUACAAGAAAGAGGCACAGGCCUCAUGGAGAGGCCCAGCUAGAGCUGCUCGUUCCAUCAAGACUCUAUCCUAGACUUUGUGUGUGUUGGGGAAGAAGAGUCUCCUAGGGAUCUGGGUGGCAGGGGUUAGCUACAAGGCAUUGGAAUGGGUGAGGGCAGACCCCUAUUUUUCCUACUUCACCCUCCACCUGCUUUCUCCCUGACAUCCAGGACCUUUUUUUUUUAAAAAUAAUAUAAAUAUAUCUGUAUAUUUUA